AUAAAAAGCCCAUCAUGGCAGACUUUGUACCGGCUAACGCCCCGAAAGCGAAGCAUGAUUCUGUUGGCGAAGCCGUCGACAUUGUCGACUCUGCGAACUUACCUCAUCCAUCGCCUUGGCUUCUCAAGAACUUCAUCGGACAGGCACUCAAUCCACGGGUUUCUGCCGGCUACGUUCUCAGUGCAUGCGAACCUUGUGGAGAUGACAAUGAAUUGCGGCGGUCCAAACUUCUCAGGCUGGUGGAUGACUGGAAGUACAUUGUGGAAGCAAUCUCACAUCAUGGAGUUACUCCGCCGAGUCCAGACUCUGAUACGAAAGCCUUGAUUGCUAGGCGUGAUGGCCACAAAUGUUGCAUUACUGGCAAAGAAGGGACAUCACGUGAUCCCCUGAUCGUUGCACCCAUACUCCCCAUUCCAUCGACAUGGUGCUAUGCCGAGCCCCGGAACCUUGCCGUAGUUCCGAUGCUCGGAGCCUUCUUCAGCCAGCAGUACCGGGAUUGGUGGCUGGCAUACAUCAAGAACCCAAACAACACUAAUCCACUCCACAACCACUGGCUUGUCCGAAAGUCUAUUGCAAAAGCUUAUGCUGAGGGCCGCCUUGCUCUGCAGAGACAGAUGCCAUCACUGGUCGAGUAUAAGGUGAAAAAUGUGCAAGUUGCGAUGCUGUCAGAGUAUAUUGAGGUGGACGGCCCGAUCGCACUUUUGGGGGAUCACUCGCGAUGGGGCAUCCCCAAAGUAGACCCUCGAUUUCCUGGUACCCAGUCUCGACUUGCAGAAAGCAUGAGAUGGCUGGCAUUGGCCGAGGAUAUGAACAAGCUCAACACGCCCAACCCCAAGCGAACAGGACUAGGGACUUCUUUUCUGGGUUUGCGCUCAGGACUUGUUAGCCUCAGCUCAUCCUUUUCCCAACGUCUCGGAUACAUCUUGCUUGCCAUUUGGCGAAGGUUUCCUGACUCUAUGCGGGUGGCCUUCUACAAACUCCUGCGCCAAGUGGGACAUCGAAUAUACGGGAGAGGGCACGAGGAUACCCUAAACACGCAAAGACUCCCUUUUGGACUCUAUUUCAAAACCGGACACGGCCCUGAGGAGAUGCGUAACGAGUUUCGUGCGCUGCAGCUGGUUCAAGAGCAUACCAACAUCCCCGCUCCGAGGCCGAUAGACCUUGCUUUCAUCCCGAAAGAUGUCGAUGGUAAAGAACAGGGUUUUAUGAUCACAUCUCGCGUGCCCGGCCACCAACUCGCUGCAGCAAAUGAUAUGAUGUCCGAACUCGACGAGGCAGGCCUUGUGGCUCAGAUGCAGGACUAUAUCAAGCAACUCCGUCGCAUCCCCAACACGGUGAAUUCGGAGAAGCCGAUUUGCAACACCUUCGGAGGCCCCAUCCGCGACAUGCGGAUCCGCUGGGCCGACCCAUAUGGCCCCUUUAGGGACGAGGUUAGCUUCAGCAAAAUCCUACGUUUCCCCGACGAUCCGGGCCGCUCGGGACAUGAAAUCUACUUUACGCACGGCGACCUCAACUUCCGCAACAUUCUGAUCGGCAUCGUGCCGCUACCUGACGGGUCGCGGGGAUGGAGGGUGACCGGGAUCGUAGACUGGGAAAUGGCUGGCUUCAUGCCAUAAUACUGGGACUACACCAAGUCCAUGUACGAGAGGGAUCGAUACCCGGAAAGGCUGCAGCGGAUGUACCACGCCAUAUUCAGGGGGCUUGGUGACUAUACCCAGGAGUAUGCCGUCGAGCUCAGGAGCUGGGAGGCUGGUGACAAUUAGUCGCCGUUUCAAUACCACCAUCAUGAAGAGGACCGAACUGCUUUCACCAUCCCUAUCCUAUAUAUGGGAUGACUUGUUCGAUUUGGAUUUGCUUGAUAACGAGAUUGUCAAAGUGGACCGCACUGCUUUAUUCUGAAGUCGUUGUUGGAUGAGCCUUGAGAUGGAUGGCGGCAGGGAGAUUUCCACUGGGCGGGCGAAUAAUGUGUUCUGUCUGGUCUAUGUUGACUUUGAAACAUGUUUCCUGCCACUCUUGGCGAUCGUUUACAACACCUGGAUCCACCACCUUCCUCCAACCCCGCUCGCGAUCUAUGUUCAAUUCCCACUUAUAGUAUCCACGAUACCCACCUUGUUAGUGCGAAUACCUCACUCGCCUUGGCUCUCUUUUCUCUCCCAACUGUGUCAUCAGUUUUGCGCUUCUAACCUCAUUCCGUAGC